AUGAGCCAAAAUAAUACCUCAUAAGUUGAUUAAAAUAUCUUACCUUCCAUCGAUCAUAAACCUUAUAGCGAAAACACUCAAUGUAAAAACUAAUUAUAAUUAUAGAUAUCACUGAUAAUAUUAAGCAAAAGUACAAUGAAAUCAAUAAGAAAAUUUAAGAACCUUAAGUUUAGGAGAAAUUGGGAUAAGUAACUAAUGUACUUUUUACUAGAACAAAAGAAUUUGGAGUAAUAAAUACAAAAUAUUCAUUUAGUAUAUUACCCUAGAUUAUUUUGUUAAGACUUUUGAAAUCACUAAAACUACAUUUACGGAUCUACAUCAACUUUAUCAUAAAUGA